AUGGGACUCGAAAGAGAAGUUGCAGAUAUUGUAGACCAGCUCGGUUCUAUUGACAGUGAUGUCAUUGCCGAGGGGGUUGAGCACUUGGAGAAGUUGCUGUUAGGAGUAUGCAUGGACACGAAUUUAGAGAAGGCCUUUCUUGAUGUGCAGACACGCCAUCUCCAGUAUUCCCUUGCACGACUCUUGUUACCGCUCCUUCUCCACUCCACGACAUCGCCAUCGCCAUCAACGUUGCCAUUGUCUCUGCAACUGCAGAUGUACCCGCUUCUACGCGGGGUGCUUCUCCUACACCCAGAGAGCCGCCGGCUCGCCACUAGACGUGACCUUGCACAGGUGGUUGCUAACAUUACCCGCUUUGGAGCUGGCGGUAACAUCGACGCCAACAGUACACAUCUUGUGUGUGAGAAUCUACUCCUUAGUGUGGCCCUCUCUCUUGGAGAUUCAGGUACGGUCAAUUUCAACAUCCUCGUCAAGGAAAUGCAAAUAUUCGAUGGAGUUGUUACAUUGUUAGACACUGGAGGGCUCAGCUCAAAUUUCUCCAAUAACGGAUAUUCAAACAAACAUUCUCAAGAUCAAGUGCGAGUUCGGUGUUUGGAAUGGCUAUUUUUCUUUAUUGGCAAGACAUCAGCAUCUGAGCUGCGACGGAUGGCCCGCACCAGACUCGAACCCGCGUUUCUCGACCGUCUCGUUGCCGAAUACGCAGCCGAAAACCCAUUUUUCCUAAACUGA